AUUCGAUUGUUGGCGUCAUAAGAAACUUACUAGAGAUUCAUGAUCUACAAACAUAAAGAAAAAUUCCCGAGGAUUAUCGAUUAGGAAAAAGGAAACGAAAUUUGAACGUGGCUAAUUUAAAUAGAUGAGAAAAUUAGAUCCACAAGAGGCCUGGGGGGCUGACAGGUUAGAAGCACAAUUAGAAGCAGCUCGAGAUGGUCUUCGAGGGCUUGAUCGGAGUAUUCGGAAAAUCUUGGGCCGGGAUCUUCCUGAUGGAGAAAACGGACCAGUACAACCACCACCAAGGCUGACACAAAAGAGGCCAUUACAAGAAGAUAGACGACGUAUUGCAUCUGAUUUUGUCAACAAUGAUGUAACUGGUGGAAAACGAAGAUGGCAAGGUUCAAAUGGAGAACCAAAAACAGUUUUCAGUCGUUUAAGUGCACGCGUUCCUUCCAAUAAUGAUGAUAGUGCAGACGAAGAUGAUACUAUUUUCAAACCAGCUGUAUCUUCGCGAAUAAUAGCAACCCCACGAGAAAUUCCAUCUCGACAGGAAGUAAUCAGGCGAGAAAGGACAGAUGAACGGAGUCGGCAAAGAAAUAAGCGAAUGUUUGGAGCUCUUUUAGGUACACUACAGAAAUUUCGUCAAGAGGAAACUAAACUUAAAGCAAAGGAAGAUAAAAAAGCAGAAGUAGAAGCGAGAGUUGAGGAAGCUCGGAGAAGAGAAAAAGAAGAAUUGCGAAGAGAAAGGCAACAACUGUUUUUGUCACGCAAACGACAAUUAGCAGAAGUACGAGCGUUGGAGGCAAAGUUGGCGCGUAGUCGACAAUUUCAGGAUUGGCGUGCUGCGCAGUUACCACUUGCUUCGUUUAUAAAAACGCGUGCGCAACCUCCUAUUUAUUAUGCACCGAAGCGUAAACAUCCGCAGACCGACGUUCUCCUAACUCAAUCAGCGAAAGAACUUCAUGAGGAAAUUGAAAGAAGGGAAAAAGCAUUGGUCGAAGAACUCGAAUUAAUAGAGGUACAAGUAGGUCUUGGAAAGCAUCAACAGAACUUUGAUGGGUCCGCAUCGCUAAAUGCGACCGCUGAAGUUCAGCAGUCGGUAGAAGAAGGAGAAGAAAACUGUGAUCCGAAUCCGGAAAAGAAUUCGGAAUCGGAGACUAACGAAGAACCCGAGAAUAUUUCGGUGAAACCCGAGAAGGUCGAAAACUGCGAUAUAUCGAAAGAAGUUGAAAAAACGGAGGAAGUACAAGUAAAUGAAAUAAAGGACGAGAAUAAUGGCUAGUAUUAAAUGUACUUACGACGCUUGUACAUAUUACGUACAUUGGAUGGUCCAACGAAAAAGGAAAUGGAGUUUUUCUUACUCGAUACUUUAUGCGUGUGGAUAACUUUUACAAUUUUUGAGAAAAUUUCACUUUCUACUUGUUCUCAUACGGAUACAAAUUCAUUCCCUUCGUCGUAUCGCAUACUCAUUUCUUCAUCAAGCGUCGAUCGACGGGUGUCGUUCAAAUUUUCCAUAGACAUAAGAGGUUAGUUGCAGUUUACUGAAAUUCCCUAUUUUUUAAAUGUUGCAUAUUUGUAUUAUGGUUAUCGUAGUGUGUCAUUUAAAUGAUUACCACUCAUCGAGUAGAGUAAAACAGUCCGGUGAAGAAGUAAGUAUGUCGAUAGCAUACCAUAAGACAAUUCGAAAUUUGUUUCGAUUGGAAAAUUAUGUAUAAUAGUCUGUUCAUCGUUUUCUUUGUAUCAGUAUGUCUUUUAAUACAUAUGCGAGAAAGAAGAGCAUUAAACGAAUCUAAUGCUUUACGUGUAUGAUCAAAUAAAAUAUAUAGAUAUAAACCUCGA